GUUUGGUAGAUUUUAUAUAUUUUGCAAAUGUGUCUAUGAUAUUCUUCCACCUUUUUUUUACUUCAUCACCUAAAAACGAUUUUUUUUAUAGAUUCCUUGCCACUGGUGACACCUUCUAUACCAUUGGGCAUAGCUUUCGAGUUGGCUUUACAACAGUGAGUGCAAUCGUAACCGAAGUCUGUGAAUCGAUAUGCAGACAUAUGGAGCAUAUAUAUUUACCAGAACCAACAGAGAAUAUAUGGAAAAAAUGUGCUGAAGAAUUUGAAAAUAGAUGGGGAUUUCCCAAUUGCAUUGGCAGCGUGGACGGUAAACAUGUAACAAUCAAGAGACCUAACAACAGUGGCUCCAAUUACUGGUGCUAUUUACAUAGAUAUUCAAUAGUACUUAUGGCCAAAAUUUAAUGAGUGUCCCUGCACCUAGAUUUCUCCCUGGGCAAAAUGAAAUCAGCUCGUACGUCUUAAUUGGUGAUGAAGCAUUUGCUUUAAAACCAUACCUUAUGAGACCAUUUCCUUAUAAGCAGACUUUAACA